AACAAAAAAUCUGUCACCUUUUAUUUGAAAGAACUUUUUGAGUGGCUAUGGAAAAAAUUUUUUUUUCAAUUUUGCCGAACAAGUUUUUUUUUUAAUUUGAUUAACGUUCGAAAUGUCAAAAAGAAAAUUAAUUAACGAUUCGAUUAAUAAUAAUAAUAAUGGUGAUAAUGGAGAUCAAAUAUCAUCAAAACAUUCAUCGACAAAAAAAUAUGAUAAUCGUUCAAGACAUUGUCCAUAUCUUGAUACUAUAAAUCGUGGUGUUUUAGAUUUUGAUUUUGAAAAAUUAUGUUCAAUUUCAUUAUCAAAGAUUAAUGUUUAUGCUUGUUUAGUUUGUGGAAAAUAUUUUCAAGGUCGAGGAAUCGGUACUCAUGCAUAUAUGCAUUCAGUAUCAUGUGGUCAUCAUGUUUUUCUAAAUUUAAAUACAUUAAAAUUUUAUUGUCUACCAGAUAAUUAUCAAAUAAUUGAUUCAUCACUUGAUGAUAUUGUUUAUGUUUUAAAACCAACAUUUUCAUCAAAUGAUAUUAAAAAAUUAGAUUUAAAUAAUAAAUUAUCGAUAGCAUAUGAUGGUACUGCAUAUCUACCCGGUAUUGUUGGUCUAAAUAAUAUUAAAGAAAAUGAUUAUUGUAAUGUUAUACUGCAGGCAUUAUCACAUGUAAAAACAAUAAGAAAUUAUUUUCUUAUCGAAUCAAAUUAUGAUCAUUUUGUACAACAAAAUGCACAAAAUCAUUCAGCAUUAUUAUUACAAAGAUUUGGUGAAUUAUUAAGAAAAUUAUGGAAUGGUAAAAAUUUUAAAGCACAUGUUUCACCACAUGAAAUGUUACAAGCAGUUGUAUUAUCGUCAAAAAAACGUUUUCAAAUCACACAACAAGGUGAUCCAAUAGAUUUUCUUAGUUGGUUUUUGAAUGCAUUACAUUCAUCAUUGAAAGGAACAAAUAAAAAUGAUUCAUCAAUAAUAUUCAAAACAUUUCGUGGUUCAAUGAAAACCUAUACACGUAAAGUAAUACCAAUUGAUCGUACUAUUGAAGAAAAACUUAAACUAAUGGAAAAUGAAGAAUAUGCUGAAAAAUGUGAAGAUGGAAAUUUUCUUUAUCUAACACUUGAUCUUCCAUCAACACCAUUAUUUCGUGAUGAAAUGAGUGAAAAUAUUAUACCACAAGUACCAUUAAGUCGUUUAUUAGCAAAAUUUGAUGGUAAUUCUGAAAAAGAAUAUAAAACAUAUAAAGAUUCAUUUCUGAAACGUUUUGUUAUAACAAAAUUUCCAAAACAUCUUAUACUUUAUAUAAAACGUUUUACAAGAAAUACAUUUUUUUUGGAAAAAAAUCCAACAAUUGUAAAUUUUCCGAUAAAAAAUGCUGAUCUUUCGGAAUUAUUUCCAAAUCGUAAUGAACAAGUAAAUGAUCAACAACAAAAUUUAAAAAUAGUUUAUGAUCUUGUUGCUAAUAUUGUACAUGAUGGUCAACCAGAAUCAGGAAAAGGAACAUAUCGUAUUCAUAUUUUACAUAAGGGUACCGGAAAAUGGUUUGAAAUACAAGAUUUACAUGUAACCGAAAUACUUCCUCAAAUGAUUACAUUAUCGGAAGCAUAUAUACAAAUAUGGGAACAACAAUAAUCUCUGUCUGCUUGCCUGCCUGCCAAACUAUGAUGAUGAAAUUCAUUUCUAAAAUAUGAAAUAUACCAAUUUUUGAUUGAAAAACGUUGUACAUACGCUAUUUGUUUGUUCAAAUCAAAA